GUCGCAGCUUGCUCCUUCCUGCUGCAGGUACGGAAUGGAGGGUGGAAGGGCUGCAGCCUUGCUUCUGAAUUCAGGCACCCCCUUCUCCCUUCUUCCUUCUUUUCCAUCCCCUGUCGAGGGGGCCUGUGGUGUUUGGCUUGUGCUGGUGGGUGGUGCUGGUGGGUGUGCACUGUGGGUGUGUGAGACUUGAGUGGUGUGUGUGGUGUGCGUGAUGUGUGUGUGUGUGAGGAAGUCAUUACCGAGCCGUAAGACAUCGUCAUCUCUCUUCUCUCUCUUUUUCUCUCUCUCUCUCGCUUUCUGUCUGUCUCGCCGCUGCACUUUGCGGUUUUGCUUUUGUUGUAGGGCCGUGUGGAUUGGUGUGGAUGAUGAUCGGAUGAUCGACGAGGUGAUUGGUGGUGAUUGGAGCGGUAGAUGCACCAUGCAUACAUUCUUAUGACUUACUUCUUACUUGGUUGCUCUAGACUCUAGAGUAUUCCUUGGUAUGCAGUACGAUACUUAUGCUGAGCGGUGCGCAAAAGGAAGCAAAUGUUGAAUUCUACAUGAGUAAGUACCGGUAGGCACUGGAUCCGUAUACGAGAG